AUGACGACUGUAGCGGUAGCAGCAGCUCAGGCUGCGACCCAUACCGCUAGCAGUGGCCCGGCGGCUGGGAGCGACGAGGCGGUCAAAGCGAAUCACCGGCUGUCGCAGACGUCGAACCAUUCGAGUGCUAGUAAGCGGUCAAAGAGCCAUGUCGGCCCGUGGCGACUAGGUCGCACGCUGGGACGAGGCAGUUCCGGCAGGGUCAGGCUGGCCAAACAUUCGUUGACUGGCCAGCUCGCUGCUGUUAAGAUUGUUCCUAAGGAGAUAGUAGUUGGAGGCGGUAGCGCGGGAAAUGGCGCUGCUACUUCGCCUUCUGCUAAUGGAGGAGCUGGACCAGGUGCUACUGCAGUGGUAGAUGCUACUCAGUACGGAUCAGAUCCGAAAGAUCAGGGCGGACUGCCUUAUGGAAUCGAACGUGAGGUCAUUAUUAUGAAACUUAUAGAACAUCCCAAUGUCAUGGCUUUAUACGACGUGUGGGAGAAUAAGGGCGAGCUUUAUCUCGUUCUAGAGUAUGUAGAAGGCGGAGAAUUGUUCGAUUAUCUGAUUAAAAAGGGCCGUUUAGAUGAGCGUGAAGCCGUCAACUAUUUCCGACAAAUUAUAUACGGAGUCGACUAUUGUCACAAGUUUAAUAUCUGUCAUCGAGAUUUAAAACCCGAAAACCUGCUACUCGACAAGAAUCGUAACAUUAAAAUCGCCGACUUCGGUAUGGCCGCUUUAGAAACUUCAGACCGUAUGCUGGAAACUUCCUGUGGUUCUCCUCACUAUGCAUCGCCAGAAAUCGUCGCUGGUAAGAACUACCAUGGAGCUCCCAGCGAUAUCUGGUCCUGCGGUGUUAUUUUGUUUGCAUUAUUAACUGGUCAUUUACCGUUUGACGACGAUAAUAUCCGGAAACUGCUUCUCAAAGUGCAGACUGGUAAGUUUAUUAUGCCCAGUGAUAUCUCUAGUGAAGCUCAGGAUCUCAUUUGGAGAAUGUUGAGGGUCGAUCCUAUUAAACGAAUCUCCAUGGCAGAAAUUCUACGGCAUCCUCUUCUUAAAAAGUAUCCAGUACGGAAAAAUGGCCAUCAUAAUACGCGUCUUCAUCAACCAGUUGACACGAUUUUCGCCAAUGCCGAUAGACCUGUAAAGACAGUUUCUGAUAUAGACCCUGAAAUCCUCAAAAACCUGCAAAUUCUCUGGCAUGGCGCGUCCAAAAAGGCUGUGAUUGAGAAAUUGCUUGCCCCAGGCCCUAAUUCCGAAAAAACUUUCUACUGUUUACUGAUGAAAUACCGACAUGACCAUCGUCAAGACGAAGAGUAUUCUAAUAACAAAAACAACUCUGUAUCUAGAGAUAACGAAUCGUCCAGCCAUCAUCACGCUUCUCGACAUAACCACACUCAUACCCAUCAUCAAUCGCAUCAUAGAAAACGCAGCAGUCAGGUGUCCAUCACUUUGAAAAAGACGGCUGUUAGAAAUGCCGCUGGCGCUGCUGGUCCUCAUUCGCGUAAUCAUUCCAGAAGUAAUUCAGUCGCUUCUGUCAUUACUGCUUCUUCUAGUCAUCGACGAAAUGUCGCGUUCGUCAGAAAGAGAGCCUCUUCUUCGCAUAUGAGACACCAGUCUGGUAACACGACCCCUCAAAAAACCACUCCACCAUCAUCAAUUAUCGCUCGAAAUGCUACCACCACCACCACAACUUCAACUGCCAACCCAACAUCAGCAGGUGCUACUACUACUUCGACUGAAAUAGAAACAGCAACUACUGCAGUGACAGCGAAGCCCCAGGUUGAGUCACUGCCAAUACCACGUACAUACAUCAACCAAACACCAACACCUCACUUGACACCAGAAGAAGAUUUCAACUUCAUUAGUAAACGUGCUUCGGUCGAGUUAGCAUCUAUGUGUGAACAGGCGUUUUUCUCUACCGACCUGCCUUCACGAACCAGUGACCGUGCCGUGUCGGAUCCUUUAAGCAGUAUUAAAGCACCAAAGAUGGCCACCACUGAAAAACGGGUGUUUUCUCUUGGAGAACACGAAGUCAAUUCAGUCGAGCCAGGAUCUCGUCCUUAUUCUGCUUAUUCGACUGUAUCAGAAGCUUCAACCACUUCGACUGCAACACCAUAUUUCUUGCCAAUGAUUUUUGAGGAAGACCGGUUUGCUGAUGCUAUUGAAGAGGAGGUUGAUCUGAAGAUAUAUAAACGUCCAAACAGAGCACAUGACAAGCGCGAUACUAUAACCCAGGACUAUGAUUACGACUACGACUACUUCAAGCAAGAAAGUGUAUUAGCCCAACCCAAGAAAAGAGAAUUGGUUCCACCGUCUGCUCACACUGCAGUAACUAAGGAGUCUAGUCGACUCCAGAUUUCUGGUCUGGUCAAGACUGAUAGUUUCAAAGCCAGAAGCCAUACGGGAUUUGCUGCUUAUAGAACACCAUCAGCUCCAGUACCAAAACCCAAUCCCGUAGUCACUACUGAGCCAGUUUUGCUGAUAUCACCAUCACCACCGCCAUCUCCUAUCGAAGCCACUAAUUCCAUCACCACAGCCACUGGAAAGGACAGUAGCGACAACACCACGAAACCGAGCCAGUCAGAUCGUAGACCUAAUACCGCCAAUAACAACACCAAGUCUAGUGCCAAGUCUACUAACAGACCAGCCACCACCACCAAACAAGCUCCUGUUGUCUCUACUUCCACCAUCACUACUACUAAUGCAUCCAAACCCAUCUCCAACCCCUACAAGAACUCGCAAGUUUCUCAAGUUCAGCGCACCAAGACUGAUCCUUUGAAGAAUCACGACCAACAACCAGUGUCUAAACCCGUAAGAAAGCCACUGGCCGUGAAAUCGAAUAAUAUCAUGAUCACUUCAAACGACGUUACUGACAUGUCUGACCUGAAAUCAAAAGAAGCUGCUGCCACAGCCAAACCGAAUGCAGCCACUUCACUAUUCAGACGAUUAACAUUGAAUCCUCGUAGACCACCACCACCUCCACCACCAGCAACAGCAGUAUCUACUACUCAACCACAGGCUGUGAGACCAGCACCUCCACCACCACCAGCACCCACUGUUGCUACACGUACAUCGUCUGGCAAGUCCAACGAAGUCAAGCAGAACUGGUUCAUGAAGAUGCUGAAUCCCAAUCCACAAUACACCACCCGACCCACUCCUUCUACCGCCAAAAAGUCUCAGUACGCUACCAAGACUCUCUUCUCGACCUCGUCAGUGACCACCAUGAGACAUAUCAUAGUCGAAGUGCUAGAAGACUGGCAAAAGUACGGUAUCUCGCAAAUCAACGAGGACUCAGUCUCAUCAACUGUCACAGCCGUCAUCUCGUCACGAAACGUGCUAUCGAUGCGGUCUGCCAAGUUCCGAAUCAACGUGUACCCCAUGCAAGGAGGCACUCGAGCCGUCUUCACACAAGAAAAAGGUUCCAACACCACCUUCCUACGAUUCCUUGGCGAACUCGAACGCGCUCUCGGCGAAAUGGACGUCCUUUCACCCCCACGAACCGACGCUCGCACCGCCAUCGGGCUCAGAUAA